ACGUACCCUUAGAUGAGCCUGUAAAGCAGGAAUCCCAAGGGCGGUGCCAGCGCGGGUUUGAAGACAGAAGGCAGGGAACUCUGAAAAGAGGGAGCUGUUAAAAAGAAGGGGCCAUAACCAAGGGAAGGAACAGCAUGUGCCUUAUCCCUGGAGUAUCUGAGCCCCUCGCAAUGUCUAACCAAUUUCUCCUCCCAGCCUUUCUAGAGCAGGCCUGUUAUCCCCAUUGUACAGAUGGGCCACUGAGGCACACGCAGACUAAAGGCCAGAUUUUCAAAGGGAUUUAGGCACCUAGUGAGAUUUUAAAAAGUGCCUAGAAGGUUCAGUGCUUUGUAAAUCCCACUAGAUUCCUAGCUGCAUCUUGGGUGCCUAAAAACCUUUGAAUCUCUGUCCCUGAGGCACUGGCCUGGGGUCAGACAGGAAGUCCGUGGGGGACUCUGAGGGCAUCUGUGUCUGCUGCAAAACAAGAGGCGUCUGAUAGAUGGGAGUAAAACCAAGGCAGCCAGUUCUCGGAGACUCCAGCAAUCGGUCCCGGGCGAUGGAGAAGGACGACAGCAUGAAAAGCAGCACAGAGGUCAGCUCUAAUAUUUAGUUAAUUUUCUUUAUACAGGAAUGAGAUACAGGGCUCCUAGCAGCUCAUUUCUAAAUGAUCUGCCAAAAAAACCUGAUUUUUUUUUUUAAGGUAUCUCAGGUGCCUAAGUAGCCCCUGGAAUCACGGAUAAUGUUGUCCCCUCCGGCCUGCCCAGUUCUGAAAUGGUGCCCUGGUAGCUGUAGAUAAGGCGGACGGCGGGUGCUUUCCUCUCCCCAUCCCAACUUGGGGCCACGGGGGUUGGGCCCCAUGUAAGGAGCUGUCGGGGGCGCAUGUGUGGGGAUGUUUGUUCCUUCCCUCUUCCAAGUUGGGUUCAUUAUCUCCAGGACGUGUUGGAGCCAAUCAGCAGAGUUUCCUAGCUGGGGGGCGGUCAGUGCUCCUGUUCCUUGCAGGAAGGAGACGGACGUUCCUGGCAGUGGAGUUUUACUUUCAAUUUCCCCAGUCGUGUGAUUUCUCCGAACUUGGAUUGAGUUUCACUUCUUGCCUCCCAGCCCUUUCCAGCCAGUGUUCAGCUCACGCAGCGUCUUCUCACUACACUUCAGCAACUGCCUUCCUAGGAAACAAAGCCGAGCUGCAGUAGCUGCUUCAUCCCAGCCACGGAACCGGAACUUCUGAAAACUGCAGGAAGUUUAGCAUCUAAAAUGUCAAGCUAUGUCAUUCAAGUUGCCAACAACAGUAAGGGAUGUGUCACCGUUGUUGUUAGUACCAAUCCGGUAUUACGUUCAUUGAGUGAGUCUCUGGUCGUGCCUACCUAUGACCUCCUCAAGUCAUUUUUCACUAAGGACGAGCUGCGAGUUUCACCAGGGGAAACCUCAGUUGUAAACAAAGUUGGUAUCACAAAAAUCUUUACCUAUGGAGUUGGGUUGACAGGAGCAGAAUGGUACUACAUUAAGGUGACCAGAGAGGAUGACGAGUGGGUGGCUGUGUGUCAAACUCCUCUGCAUUGCACCUGGAUUGUGGAUGAUGACAAAAUCUACCGGGAAGAUAAUCUGUCAAUAUGCAAACCAUUUGGUUUUGUAUCUGAUAAAUCCAGCUACAUCAUUAAAGUUACCAACAAAACCGAAGAAGUCAUCAAUGUUGUGGUUCAGGAAGGUCUGCUAGCCCAAGUGCUGAGUCCUGGAGGAAUUCUGAGCUAUGUGAGAGACAGCUACUUCAACUCCGGGGUUGCAGUUGAUCCAGGAAAAACAAAAACCGUUAAUAAAGUGAACCCCAAGAAUUUAUCCUCCUACAAAUCCAUCGGUAAUGUAGUGGGCAUGGUAGAUAUGUCAACCCAUUCUAUAAAGGUGAAAAGGGAUGAACAGAUGGCUCAGUGUAACACCCCUUUGCAUUGCACCUGGAUCGUGGAGAGCCAUGGAAUGUGGCAAGAAAAUAAACCUACAGAAGUUUACAAAUUUCAGUAACAUGCUUUUCUCCUUCUCGAUAUUAUUAUAAGCAAGCAGCAGAAGACGAUCUCAAUGAAUAAGCCUAAUAAAUCCAUGGGGCUUUGCCAGUAUUUGCUUUAGGAGCCAACACAACAGUUGUGUGUGUCCUGGUGACUAAAUAUGUGAACUAAUGAUUUGCAACACAUAAUUUAUCUGACAAAUCUUUUCACUUUUCUUGAAUAAAUCACUUGCAAAUAAUUUGUCUUACUAUUUAGCCAGUUCCACUGAGGCAAACAACAGCAAAAUAAGAAGUCAGCAGAAUGUAUUCACCGCU